CCGCUGUCAGUUUGCCCGUGAGGCGGGACCUUGUUUCUGUGUUGCUGUGGUGACGUGUAACUGCGGAGCAGGAAGUAACUGGGAAUAGAGGAAGCCAGGCGACGGGAACGAUAAUAAUAAUAAUAAUAAUAAUAAUAAUACAAUUGAAUAAUUUGCCUCGGGGCGGGAGGCGACCAUGGCAAGGAACCGUGGUCUGCUUUGGGGGUGCCAACACGCCUUUGUUUUGUUCGUUUUGGUCGGCUGCUGUAGUGCGAGGAUACAUAGAUUAAAGUUGAAGAACGAGAGGCGGUCCAUUAUCCACCUCAAUUCGUUUGGAUUUUACGCCAAUGGAACUCUGGAUGUGAACGUGAAGAGUCUUACCCUGACGGGUGAAACCAUGGAUUUCGAACAACAGCCUAUUGGAUUCAGCCUAUCAAAAUCCCGUGUUGGUGGAAUGAUGUCUUACGCAGCUGAGGAGUCUGACGCGUGUGUCCUGACCAAACCGACUGGCAGUGAGCCUCUCGUCCUGUUUCUCAUUCACUUUAAAGACAGCAGUGUUCAAGUCAAGAGGUAUGGUGACCAGAAGAACAUCAUAACUGGUCAAGCGAAAACACUGGAUUUGAAAGAUGCCACGGGUAACAGAGUUAAAAGAGUCGACAAACCCAAACAGCCUGCUGUCAAUGCUUCUCAACCCAUACAGGUUGCAAACAAAGAUGAAGGAGAUAAGACAAAGGCAGAUGAAAACACUCCCAGGGUUGAAAAAGGAGGGAGUCGGGAUGGAGAUCUGAUAUUGGUCCUGCAGAAAACUAACAGCUCUUACAACUUCAGUUUCCAAAUUAAGAUCGUCUCCCAGUCCGAGGAGGGAAUGUAUAACCUGAACUUCCACCGCUGUUUCAGCAAGCUGUGGGACAAGGAAAACUCCUUCAGCAUUGACAUUGAGAUCACAGAGAGGAAUCCUGGAGGCUUUCUCUCAGCAGCUGAGAUGCCCCUGCCUUUGCUGUACAUCUCCAUGUCUGGAUUUUUCUUCGCUGCAGCUCUGCUCUGGGUGCACGUUCUUGUCAAACACAGGUUCAACGUGUUUAAAAUUCACUGGCUCAUGGCGGCUCUGGCAUUCACCAAAUCCAUUUCCCUGAUCUUCCACAGUAUAAAUUUCCAUUUCAUUAACACUGAAGGACAUCCCAUUGAAGGCUGGGCAGUGAUGUACUAUAUCACCCACCUGUUGAAAGGAGCCCUGUUGUUUAUCACCUUGGCCCUUAUUGGAACGGGCUGGGCUUUUGUUAAAUACAUCCUGUCUGACAAGGAAAAGAAGAUAUUCAUGAUAGUCAUCCCUCUGCAGGUGCUGGCCAACGUUGCCUACAUCAUCCUGGAAUCCACAGAGGAGGGGACCAGCGAUUAUGACCUGUGGAAGGAGAUUCUCUUCCUGGUUGAUCUGAUCUGCUGUGGAGCAAUCCUUUUCCCUGUGGUCUGGUCGAUACGGCACUUACAGGAGGCUUCCAGUACAGAUGGCAAAGCUGUCAUGAACCUGGCGAAAUUGAAACUCUUCAGACAUUACUAUGUCAUGAUUGUGUGCUAUAUCUACUUCACCCGCAUCAUUGCUAUUCUUCUCAAAGUGACCGUGCCUUUCCAGUGGCAGUGGUUCUAUGAGCUGCUGGUGGAAGUGUCCACACUGGUCUUCUUUGUCCUGACUGGGUAUAAGUUCCGGCCAGCCUCCAAUAACCCCUACCUGCAGCUGCCCUUAGACGAGGAGGAUGUGGAGAUGGAUGAAGUGGUCACCGAGUCUGGCGUACUGGAAGGAAUAUCAAAUGUGAAGAAAACCUCUAACGGGAGAGAGAGGCUGAGAGAUUAAGAGAACUGUGACUCCACUGACCCAGGGACUAAGAGCCUGUGAAGACAGACUGCCUCAGUCUGUGCACACACACGUGCUGGAUUAUUCCCAUUGUUUUUCUUCUCCUUAUUAUCAUUAUUAUUAUUAUUAUUAUUAUUAUUAUAAUCAUUGCUUUCUUUUUAAACGGAUCCAGGUUUCCACAGACUCGAAGCAGCAGAGGCCCACAGAUCUGGCCUCGGAAACUCCUUUUCUGUACUGUUGUGCUGUUUCUUAAUAGAUCAGUUAGCAGAGUUUUCCUGCGAUGAAACUGUAUUGGUGUGAAUAUGUGUGUGGAAAAGUAAGCAGUAACCCUGAUCUAUACACUCCAGAACUUUUUUUUCCUGGUGGGGCAUCCCAUGUUUUUGUCGCACUUUGUGACUGUAUUAAUUCAACCUUGGAUGAUCUAGAGAUCCAAGUGCUGAGGAUCUCUGUUCUGGUGGCAAGCAAAUAGAUUAUGUGAAUGUUUUUAGAGGUACAUCUUGAUGAGCGUGGUUUGAAGCAUUGACUGUUAUAUAUAUAUAAAAAAAAAAAAAAAAGUGUUGAGGUCACAGACAAAACCACCAGACACCUUGUUCUUGUAAACUGCAUACAAAAAAAACACAACCAAGUAUGUUAUAUUUACUAUUGCUUUUAAAAUUGUGAUACAAAAACACUUAACUUAUUUCAGCUUCUUUCUUGUCAGACUUUGACACUUCAUGCAGUCUAGCUUUAUUUAUUUAUUUCGGUAGUGAUUUCUUGGGUUUAUUUUACUCCAUUUAAUGAUAUUUGUUUUGGGGAACAUGUAUUUUGUAACGAGGAAACAUGCUGUAAAUAAAAACAAAAACAGGUUAUGAUUAGUUUUGGGGAGAACACAUAAGUAAAUCACUGUGUGGACCAGUCAUUUUAAGUACAACAAUCUUAGUAAGAAUCUGGAUGUAGUCUGUAUUGCUGUGCCCUAUAGAGCCUUACAAAGAUACUCAAGGUUUUACCCUGUCUGUGUGUCCCUCGCUGUGAGCUGUGCUGUGGCUCAUCAGAUCACACUGCCCUGUUCAUUUACUUGAUUGAAAGAAAGAGUUUCCACAGAAACAGCAAAAAUCAUUCUUGGAAACAGUAGCGAGAUUUAAAUACUGAUGCAGUACAAGCUGUUUUGUAUGUACAAUACUAUGCAUUCUGUAAAAUAUAUAUAUAUAUACUGUAUAUAUAUAUUAUAUAUAAUUAUAAAUAUAGUGAGAAAGACAGUGAGAUUAAAAGUUUUUUUUAAUAUAAAAAUAUAAAAAGCAUUCAACAUCAUUCACCGGAAAGUUUUCCACUUUUUUUUUAAAAUGUGAAUUGGAAGACCCUCUCUUAAACUUCAUGCAGGAAGUCCCCAGUGCACAGCUUGAAUUCCCCGGUUCACCUACCCCUUUGAAAAGCCUGUGAAGACGUGGGUUUCCCUCCGAGUGCUCCUUAUUGUACAGAGGCAUAUAAGAAAAUCGAAUCUGAAGCUAAAGUACUCUUGGGAGCUACAGUGGGCCCAUUCUUAGCUAACAGGAGAUCGUUUUGUACUUCAACAGUACUGGGAAGGUGCACCAAGCUGGCAUCAUUGCGGAGAUGUGUGGUCUCCCAUUUCAAACAGCAGUGCUUCCAACAACAUGAGUUGCUAAAGCAAGGGUAUGUACAUAUUCUUGUAGAAGACAGUACUGACGAUUUACCCUAUCGUAUGUAUCUUUGAGUUUGUGUCUUUGGGUGGUGUAAUUGAGAAGACGGUGGGGGGGUUUGGUUGAAGUGAUAAAUCCACCUUUUCGUUAGUGUUUGUUUUGUGUUUAACGAUCAUAGUAAUCUGGUAUCAAAUAGAUUUUUUUUUUUAGUUUAACUUUUGCUUUGAUUAGCGGCGUUUAUACUCUGUUUUGAAGAUGUAUAUUUCUGAAACAUUCCUAAAGUUUUUAUUUUAAUUUGAAAGUUUUUUUUCUCUAUCUUUCGUUGCUUAAUCCUGUCUCUUCUUUAUUGUCAACGUUUUUAUUUACGGUAUGUAUUCCACUUUUAGGAUGUGUUGUUUUUUCUUCUCUGUUUAUUUAGGGGAAGCAGGCGUCAACGGUUUAAUAGCUUUAUAUUUUAUUUGAAAAUAAGUCUAACUGCUAAUGAUGUGUGUGUGAGUGUGAUUGUGGUUUUCCUUUUUACUUUCCAAGUUUAAGAAAUUCUAACCGUUUUGUUUGGAUGUCAACAGAGUUUUAUUACAGUGUCUGUAGCAGUGGUAUCCACAUGCUAAUUCGUGUAAAGUAUCACAAGUUUAUAUAUACAGAAUUUAAAAAAAAAAAACUUACUGUUGUAUAACUUGUGGAUUUAAAUUUUGAAAAAUGCUCCAAAGAACAGUGCAUUUAUCAGUGUAAAAGUGUUGAAAUAAUAAAAGCAUCAACCAAAAUGCUUGUU